AUGUUUUUAAUCAUAGGGAAAAAUGAUGUGCCACUUUAUGAAGCCAAUUUAGGGACUGUGAGAAAAGAGAUAGGACAUUUAAACCAGUUUAUCAUACAUGCUGCGCUAGAUAUUGUAGAUGAGGAAGCUGCGAAUUCUCCAAAUAUGUAUCUGAAAACUGUUGAUAUAUAGUAUUUGUUUAUAUUAAAUUAAUUCAAUGGAUAUAUUGAGAAGCUAUCACUAUAUUUUAUAUACAAAAUAAGCUGAAAGCCAUAAAAAACUCAUAAAAUUAAAUCAACUUAAUAUAAAUUUAAUGAGAUUUAUGUAUCUGCAUAUGUGACAGCUGGAAAUAUUCGACUUAUGCUAGUCCACGACUCUCGAAAUGAAGACGGGAUCAGAAACUUUUUCAUCGAAGUCCACGAAAAUCUAAUAAAAGCCCUCAUGAACCCUAUGUUUGACUUAAUUCGUGGCUUUUCCCAGCCAUUUGAUACAAGGGUGAAAAACGCAGCUAAGCGAUUCCUAAUAUAA